UAUCUUCCCCUCCUCCGCGCCUACGUGCCCCCACCUCCUUAUUCGUCCGCCUUCGGCUCCCUCUUUACUGCCGACACCACUAUCGUCGUCGCUUCUCUGUCUCUCCACGCUACCUGAAUCGACUCUCCCGGGAUGCUGCAAUUGUUGACAAUGCCGGAGAGUGAGAGAGAGUGCUGUGAGAGGAGUCGGGGCGAUUCCGCAUUUCGUACCCCGACACCCGUACGAGCGGUGGUGCCGCCGCUCUUCUCUGCCGGUGAACUUUUCGGAAGUGUGGGCGCGUGCGCAUGUCUACCAGUCGAGCUUUCUCUCUUCACCGUACUCGUCGCCACUUCUCUCCGUCUUUCUUCUUUCUUUUCCUCAUAUCUAUCUCUCUCUCUAUCGUUCUCUCGUUCGUUCACUGUACGGUGCCGGUUCGAAGGUUUCUACCGAACAGCGUUAAAUGUGAUUUCUUCGGUUGAAGUAAGAAGAGCCUGUGUGACUACAUUCUACAUUCCCGUUAAACUCUGUAGCUUUCCAUUCCAUCAAUUGAUAAUUUAAUGUGAUGCAGUUAGAAAUUUGAGAUAUUUACAUGACAGUGCAUGUAACUUGGAAAACAUCAGAACUUAUUAUUCAUAUAAACAUUAUAACAUAAAUUGUGAAUUAAAUAUUACGGUUAUGAAAAGUAUUCGGUAGUGAACAAUUUUAUCGUAACGGUGUUAAAAUGAGAUCGAUACGUGUUAGUGCGUACCGGGCUUUGUGCUCAGCUAAAAAUGACUAUUUUCUGUGAUCGAGCUAUUUUUUUUUUUUUUUUACUUGUGAGUUUGAUAACAAUGCCCACAGAUCACAGUGACAUUGUUGAUUUUAUCAAUCAUUCAUAAAGUGAUCGGUUCUUUUUCUACAUCUUUUAUAUUUCUUAUUCAAGACGUUGAUUCGAUUAUUAUUAUUACUCAUCUAUCGAAACAAUGUCGUUGCCGCGGGGUGUCGGUCUUGGUGUCGACGUGGGUCAAUUAAUGCAACAUCAGCAACAACAACAGCAACAUCACGUGCUACCAGCCGCGUUUUUUCUUCGUGCUAGUGCUGAGAGAUAUCAAAGGACACCGAAAUGUGCAAGAUGCCGUAAUCACGGUGUUGUUUCCGCGUUAAAAGGUCACAAACGAUACUGUCGUUGGCGGGAUUGCGUAUGUGCGAAAUGUACAUUAAUUGCGGAGAGACAACGGGUCAUGGCUGCUCAGGUCGCGUUAAGAAGGCAACAGGCCCAGGAGGAGAGCGAAGCCCGCGAAUUGGGCCUGCAACUGCAGUACAAUGCUGGCAGCUGCACUACUGCUCCCGUGUUGCCUGGCGCAGCGAGUGCUACUACGCCAGCUGGCAGUCCGCCCCCGCACCCGGCCCAUGUAGCAAGUCCGGCCGGUUUAGCAAUUCCAGCGGCUGCAGCAGCCGCGGCCGCGGCUGCCGCCGCGCACAUCCAAACGCAACUUCAGCAUCAGCAACCUGAUUGCAGUCUUUUGCAACGGAAGAGACUUCCUCAGGAUGAAUAUCGGCAGCCUAAGAUCGAGAAACAAGAAUCAAUCGUCGGUGGAAUUGGCGGCACAAAGAGGUCGAGAAUCUCUGAGAGCACUACGGGAACAAUGCUUUCCACGAGCGACACCGGUAACGAAGACGACCGUGACUCCGACUCUGGUGGAGAACUUCUUACUGACCGUUCAUUGGCAAUUCCAACGUCAAUUGGAAUAACGGAGAACGAUACAACGCGGAAACGAUCAAACAGCCUGAACGAUUCUGAGGAUGGAAGUCCGGAACCAGGUUCCCAGAGCCCGACGCAUACACCUCCACUGACGCCAGCAUUGACACCGCAAAGAGAGGAUACGCCAGCGCCAGAAAAUCUCAGCCUUCGCAAAAGCGGAAGUCCUCAACAAACGCAACAAACGCUUCAACCGGUGGACUUGGUACAGCCUAGACCUAGCCCUCCACUACCUUCGUUGGCGGCCGCAGCGACCGCGGUACACUUUCCACCCUAUGCCCCUCUAUACGGUCCAGCAGCGAGUUCGCUUUAUUGUUCUCCAGCGUUGUACCAGCAUCAACAUCAUCAUCACAUGCCAGAGCCCCGUGAGAUUCAAAUGCAGAUGCAGAUGCAGAAUAUUCAACAGACUUGCGGCCUUCAGUUGCAGCAACAACAACAGCAACAGCAGCAACAACAACAACAACAGCAGCAACAACGAUCGCCUGUCGACGUUCUGUUGCGAGUAUUCCCGGGAAGACGUCGCGCGGACGUCGAGGCUCUGUUGCACCGGUGCAAAGGCGACGUGGUGUCCGCUAUGGAGGUGUUGGUCUGCGAGGAUAGUCUCCAGCCGAAAUCAGCUUUCUCGCCUUUGGCAGGCGCAUUGGCGUCGGCUGCGGCCGCGUCCGCCUCGGUUUCGGCCGCGUACGCGAGCAGAGCCGCGUACUGCACCACUCCCAUCCCUUCGACCAGGCACAGGUUCCUGGCCGCUCCUUACGCAGGAACCGGCUACCUGCCCACAGUGAUCAAGCCGCCCAAUCAGAGUCUCCACGCGAAUGGUACGAGUGACGCCUAUCAAGAGACCAGUCCCGACGACGCCAGCGACAAGACGAGCUACUCCGAGUGACCGGACGACGCGCAGGCCGCCACCUGGUCUUACCUGCAAUAGCCUAGGGACGACGGGGGGAGGGAUUUCGGCCGUGGAAAUGGCUGCCUGAAUCACGAGGAGGACGGAACCUGAAAGUCACAACACAUGCGAGUCGUGAGAAUUUUCACGAAUUUCUUUCUGAUUGGGUGAAAAUCAUUGAGAUGGGAACAAUUUAGAAAUUUUGUAGAGGAUUGGUAGAGCGAGAGAUUAGGAAUGAAUAGUU